UGGCGACUUAUGCAUUUUUCAUUAAGUAAGUUAUUGCACACAGACUUGGAUUAAUCCUUCGAAAAACAAGAUGAAACCGUCGCAACAGAAAAAUGAUUCGACCCGAGAGGAUACAAAUGUAAAGACGGACCAGAGACGGAAGAAACUGGCCAACCCAUCUGCCAACCAAUUAGGUAAAAACAAGAAAAAGGAAACAAAAACUGCACAAGUCGUAGAGCUCCAUCUGGGAACAACAGUGCUGCCUUUAAAAGAUGCUCGUGGUGUGUUAACUCUGAUAGAACAGCUGAAAACAGACCAGAAAUAUUCCGCCACACUUGGUUUUUUGUCAGAUUUGUUCAGGAAGUUGAAUACGUUGGAAGAUGGGCAAUUCUCAAGAAUAGAGAUUGACAUGACUGUUAGACAAUACCAAGACUAUACCGAUGGAUUUCAGUACAGGCUGACUGUUAAACCUGUUGGUUACUGCUUAUUGAUAACCAACAGUGAAUUUUAUCAAGUACCGGGAUGUCCAAUCAGUAAAAAGUUGCCCAACAGACCAGGUGUGGAAGGUGAUGCAAAACGACUAGAGGGGCUUAUGUCAACGAUUGGUUAUAAAGUACUUAGGAAGGAUAAUUUGAAGAAAUGGGAGAUAGAGCGUGAAAUGAAAGCUAUGGCAGAAGCUGAUCACAAGAAAUUCGACUGUUUUGUUUGUAUUAUUUCCAGUCACGGGACAGCCAAUAAAGUUUACGGCAGUGAUGGGUAUGAUCUCAUGUUAGGUCCCCAGUUAAAAAGAUUCACUGUGGAUGCAUGUCCAGAUCUAGAUGGAAAACCGAAGAUAUUUUUGUUUCAAGCAUGCAACAUAGAAACUGAAGAUAAGAUGCAAAAAACAUUGCAGCCCCUUAUAAAUGAUACAGACUUUCUUUAUGGUUUUUCGACACUGCCGGGAAAUCUAGCAUACAACCCUAAAGACGGAGAAAAGACUGGAUCAUAUUAUCUCUACUCACUGUAUAAACAUCUCAGUGACAAAUACAAAGCGUGCGAUUUGGUUGCAAUUCUUGAAGACAUGAAUAGAGAAUUGGCAGAAAAGAAGUCAGAACUUAGACCUGGUGAUUUAGGAUCCGUUACAAUGUUUGUUGACUGUCUCAGAGGUCAUUUAUUCUUUCAAUGAACCGGGAUUUUGAAAAUUAACCAAAAACAAUCAAAAAUUAUCUUUAACACAUGUUGAUCUUGAUCUCUAAAAUAGAUGUUCAAGUUUGAACCUAGCUUGGCCUGAAUGACUGUGAUAACUUCUGAAAUUUGUCGUUCCAUGUCACUUAUUUAGUAGACUUGUCUUUCUUUGG